UUUAACUAGUUUCUCCGCAACGACUAACUAGAAGGUCGACCUGUUCCCUCUCGGUCUCAAACCGCUAUUAUUUCCUUUCUUCCACAGACCACAGUUUUAACUCAACAUAUUAUAAAACCCACCCUCUUCACUUGGGUGCUGCUGCAACAACAAAGCAUUCAUCAUUCAUCAUGCACAAGAGCGCUUCAGGAUCCACGUUGGGCCCGGGGGGCCUGGACCUCACCCAAGCCUUCUUCAAGCCCAUCACCAACGCCGCCCCUCCCUCCCCCACCAAGCGCCAGUACAAGAUCUCCGUCAUCGGCGCCGGUAACGUCGGAAUGGCCAUCGCCCAGACCAUCCUCACCCAGGACCUCACCGACGAGCUCGUCCUCGUCGACACCAACGCCGACAAGCUCCGCGGCGAGAUGCUCGACCUCCAGCACGCCGCCGCCUUCCUCCCCCGCACCAAGAUCCAGGCCUCCGUCGACUCCUCCGUCACGGCCGGCUCCGAUCUCUGCAUCGUCACCGCCGGCGCCCGCCAGAUCCCCGGCGAGUCCCGGCUCAACCUCCUCCAACGGAACCUGAACCUCUUCCGCGCCAUCAUACCCCCCCUCGUUCGUUACUCCCCCGACACCACUCUCCUCAUCGUUUCCAACCCCGUCGAUAUCCUCACCUACGUCGCGUGGAAACUCUCCGGUUUGCCCUCCAACCGGGUCAUCGGGUCUGGCACCAACUUGGACUCCUCUCGCUUCCGCUUCCUCAUCGCCGAUCACCUCGACGUCAACGCUCAGGACGUUCAGGCUUAUAUAGUGGGGGAGCAUGGGGAUAGUUCGGUGGCGUUGUGGUCCAGCAUUAGCAUUGGGGGUGUGCCGGUGCUGAGUUUUUUGGAGAAUCAGCAGAUUGCUUAUGAGAAGGAGACGCUGGAGAAUAUACACAAAUCAGUGGUUGAUAGCGCUUAUGAAGUAAUAAGGCUGAAAGGGUACACUUCUUGGGCCAUAGGGUACUCUGUGGCUAACUUGGCCCGGUCCAUUCUUAGGGACCAGAGGAAGAUCCACCCUGUGUCUGUUCUGGCGAAGGGGUUUUACGGGAUCGAUGGAGAAGUGUUCCUGAGCUUACCGGCACAGCUUGGCAGAGGAGGGAUACUGGGUGUGACCAAUGUGCACUUGAAUGAAGAGGAGACACUGAGGCUUACGGACUCGGCCAAGACCAUCCUCGAGGUGCAGACUCAGUUGGGUAUCUGAAUUUUCUGUGAUCUGGUUAAAAUGGUUUUUGUCCUUUAAUUUUGUUAUGGUUCUUCCAUCAUCACCAUGAUCUGGUUUGGCUUAAAUUAUUACUUGUUACUGUUACUCCAUGCCUCUCGCGGUGCCAAGUGUUUUUGUUGCCUUGGCCGGAUCUUGUGAGAUGUGUUUCCUAUACGAUUUUAACCAGACUUGUUUCAUUUUGCUGUACUUGGGCUUGGGGCCUUGGCGGUUUUGUGCCUCUAUAGUACUUACUAAUUUAAUUUAGCCUUCGAUUA